CGUCUUUAGUUUAUAAAAUUAAAAAACGAAAUUUUUUUUGUAAAAUUCAUUUAAGCCUUGAUAAUUUUAGUAACAGCAAAACUUUUUGAGGUUAAAAUCAUUAAAAUAUUUUUGUAUGAUAUCAUUUAUUCCAGAAAAAAUGCAUUUAUUUGUAUUAAUAUCAGCUUUAAGUAUACUUAGUGUUAUAUCGUCCAAAAUUAUUAACUAUAUUUUAGGCUUAUUUAAUAGACCAACAAAAGCUGAAAAAGAAUUGCUACAUGAAGUAAUUGAAAUACGACAAACAUUGGCGGGGAUUCCAAUGGUUGAUAAUUUUGUGGCACACGCGAAAUUACAACGUAAAUUAAAUGUAGUUGAAAAUAAUUUACGAGAAGAAACAAAUAAACGUUUAUCGGCUGGUCUCAAAUAUAAAACACUUAUUCCAUAUGCAUUAAAUGUAAUACUUUCUAUUUAUAUUAUUUAUAUAAGUUUUGUGUAUCGACAUGAACCUGUUAUUGAUCUUCAGGAAUUCAAUCUAUUCCCAGUUUCAAUGAUAGUAUCAUAUCCAUUACAUGAAAUAGGUUCAAUAUCUGUACCUGCAUGGUUUUUUAUUUGUAAAAUAGUUUUAAUUUUUGAUUUCCAAGCAUAA